AUGGCCGCGGGCAGCAAGAAGGCUAAGGCCAAAGACAAGAAUGGCAAGGCAUCCACCAAGAAGGUUAAGAAGGGGAAGAGCCCAGAGGUCACAGAGACUCAGACAACUACGACAACUCCUGCUCCUGGCAGCCCUGAACUCACGGCGCAGGAACCAGAGCAAGUAAAAGACCAAUCUGUUGUUGACAAUACAGAUAUCGAAGUAAAGACACCACUUCCUGUAUCAGCAUACGAGGUAUUCGACGACGAGGCUACACCUCAAGACAGUUCCAACCCUGUCGCAGAACAAGAAGUACCUGUACUCGACAACCCCGUAUCAACAUACGAGGUAUUUGACGACGAGGCUACACCUCAAGACAGUUCCAACCCUGUCGCAGAACAAGAAGUACCUGUACUCGACAACCCCGUAUCAACAUACGAGGUAUUUGACGACGAGGUUACACCUCAAGACAGUUCCAACCCUGUCACAGAACAAGAAGUACCUGUACUCGACAAUCCUGUAUCAACACCCGAACUACUUGACGACAACACUACACCACAAGACGUCCCCGACCCUGUCGCGAAUCCAAAAUCACCUGUACUCAACCCCCCCGUAUCAUCAUACGAGGUGUUUGACGACGAAACUACACCCCAAGACAUCCCCGACCCCGUCGUGGAUCAAUCAUCACCUGUAGUCGACAAGCCUGUUGACGAAACACUACCCUUGGACGCACCACCCUUGGACGCACCACUCUUGGACGAGCCAAGCUCUACUCAGCCUCCAACCGAGAACUCUGGAAACAAAGAGCCGCCCGUGGAAGAAGCAAGCUCGGCUCAGCCUCCUGUCGAGGACACUGAGAUUAAAGAGCCACCCGUGGAAGAAGCAAGCUCGGCUCAGCCUCCCGUCGAAGACACUGAGAUUAAAGAGCCGCCCGUGGAAGAAGCAAGUUUGGUUCAGCCUUCCACCGAGGACUCAGAAGCAAAGGAGCUAUUGAAUGACCAUACCAAGCAAGAUCAACCCAGUCAAGUCGAACACUCUGAGAAGACUGUAGUCUCAUCACCACCUGCUGAUCCAUUUUCUCCUGUGGCCGCUUGUGUGCCCUUGCCUUCACCAUCCUUGACUGAAGCACGGUAUAUGUCAAGUCCUUCCCAGGAUAACCAACUUUAUUACGCUGGACAAUCAGCGUAUUCCCCUUACGCUUCACCCGUCCCCUACUCGGCGCCAGCACCUUACGCGUCACCAAGCGCCUACGCUUCGCCAAACCCAUACGCUUCGCCAGUACCGUACGCUGCCUCCCCGGUGCCGUACGCUUCGCCAAACGCCUACUCCUCUCCAGUACCCUACGCAUCACCUGCGCUCCACGCCCCGGUACCGUACGCUGGUUCCCAGGUGCCUUACACUUCAUCUACACCUUACGCUGGUUCUCCAGUACCUUACAGCUUACCGGGACCCUACGCUGGCUCUCCGGUGCCUCACGCCUCACCAGUAGCUCAUACUGCGUCACCGGUGCCCAAAGUCAGCAGCCCUCUUGCACGUUCUCAUUACCCUCAAAUGUCUCCAACUAUAUCACCAACUGCAACUCCCCCACCUCAGAAUCCACCAGCUGCACCGAUGGCUCCUUCAGAAGCAUCGCCCAUGGCCCAAAAUGGACAUGGACCGUAUCCUCUCCAAUCUCCUGUCAUGAGCUCUGCUGGAAUGGUACCUCCUUAUGGGCAUUAUUCUCCUCAUCAUCAAUCGGAGGCCCAUUAUAUGAACCGGAGCUACAGCAUCCCAGAUCCAUCAUAUUCAGCAUCAUACCAGGCCCUUCAAAACCUGUCCAUGGCAAAUGGCCAUUCUCUUGAGAAUGGGUCUCCCCCAGAAAAUGACAGUGAGCACAUUGAGCUUCUUCAACGUAUCCAGUCAGCCAUUCCAGACAUCAACCGUCUUCUUCAUGGGUUCCGCAACACCCACAGCAAGCUAUCGAACCGGGAGGCUGAGAUGAGACACAUUGGAAGCCAGCACGACCAAGCUUUGAUGCACAAGGACUACUACAUUGAAGCUCUGCAAGCUCAAAUGAAGAAGACUGCCAAUGAAAGCGCUGAAGAAGACGCUAAGUUGAAGCAUACCAUCAGUGAACUGCGUCUCGAACUCGGAGAUCUGCAAGAGAAGCAGAAGGACCUUGAAGAUGGCCUAGCUGUCCACCAGAAGUCCAACGAGGAGCUUUCUGAAACUAAGGUCGAACUUGAGGGACAAAUCAAUAAACUCAAUGAAAGCAUCGAGGAGUCAAAGGAAGCCCACGAGAAAGAGUUGCAGGCCCAGAAGGAGGCACAGGAAAAGGCUCUUGUGGCACAGAAGGAAGAGCUCACUGAAUUGUUUGAGGAGAUCAAGGCCGAGGAUGAGAAAUCGGCAGCCGAGAAUCUGGAGACUCGCGAGCGCGAACUUCGCAGUGCACACGAAGCCAGCCAAGGCGAAUGGGAGAAAGAGAAGGCCCAAUUGCAGGAAUCCUUUGAAACCCAACGCACCGAGCUGGAGGCCACCAAAACCGAAGUGACAUCCCAGAUCGCUGCUUUGGAAUCCAAAGAGACCGAGUUGCAAGCCCGACUCACCGAACUCGCAUCGACACGUGAGGAACUGGCAGCCAAGCUAGCAGAGCUGGAAGAAACCCACCAGAAGAACGCCCAAGAGUCGGAAGAACUUCGACAAGGCCAUGCUAAUGAAUUGGACUCCUUGCGACAAUCCCACGACGAACAACUCGCUGCUGCUGCCAAAGAAUUGGACGAAAAGAUCGCAGCCCUGGAAGCUCACUUCAAUGAGAAAGAGCAGGUUUGGACCUCGGAGCGCGCUGCCUUGGAGCAGCAACUCUCCGAGAAAAAUAGCGAACUUUCCAGUGCUGAGCGAGAGAAGGAGAGGUUGGAAGGAGACAAUAUUGUCAAGGAGCAGCACCUUCAGCGUGCGGUGGAGGGCAUGCGACUGACUAUCGAUAACUUGGGCUCGGAUUGCGACAGGCUGAGAAAGACACUGUCCAGCCUGGGAGAGGCCACUGACCUCAGGAACACCAAGGGCGAUCAAUUCUUCUUGGACUGCUUCACAGAGCUCUCACAGCUCAUCCACAAUCUAUCCAAAGAGCAUUUCGGAUAUCUCCCCAUCGAUCCCCCAAAAGACAUCCUUUCCAAGAUUCCAUCCGAACUUCCACCUUUCCUUGACAAUACCCCAGCCUCUCGCGAACUCCGCUGUGCCUACAUCCAGCACAUCAUCUCAAAAACCUUAACCUUCCGAGUCUUCCAACCCUUCCUCUUCACCCUGGGCCGACGAUACGACAAAGCGGACACCUUCUUCCAGAUGCUAUCCAUGGAUAUCCGACGCAAGUCCGUCCGGCGCGAGGCUUUCUGGCGCCAGCAAACGCUGAAAGCAGCCUACACGACCUCAGAUGCCAAACAGUCAAUCAACGUAGCCGCAGCAGUCAUCGUCGACGAAAUCAUCGACCACAUCAAGCACUUCGCCGAUCCCAAGCACCUCGACUCCCUCCUAAUCGGCGUCCGAAAGAUCGUCAAACUCGCCGCCGAGACAUGGAGACACGCACGCGUUGAACGCGAGCUCGUCCUCGCCAGUUUCCCCGCCCCAGACGCAGAGAGCGUCUCGAAUGAGGGCUGGGUGGAGUAUGCUGCCAACAAGGAUCAGAAACACACCGCGUCAAACGAGCCUACUCGCCAUGUCGUGCUGCGCACCUUCCCGCGUAUUACGCGCGAGGCUGCUCAUGAGGACUUCGCUAGCGAUGAAGAGAAAGCUACUCCGUGUGUUUACUCGCAGGGUGUUGUGCUGUACUCCGAUUCACCGGUUAUUAUGGGUCGGCUUCAGGAGUUUGCCAAGAAGUCAAAUGACUCGCUGGUCACUGAUUCGCCUCCUAAGACGCCCUUGGGCGCUAAGGGAAGCGAGAAGUUGUCGCCGAUUGAUGUUUCCUCUCCGAAGGUUAUGACUGUUCGGUCGGCUCCUACGAGUCCAGGUGGGAAGGGUCAGUUUAUGAGGACGUGA